AGUACUAACCGGGUUGGUGAGCUUUUCUUUAAUGUUGGAGAGUGGACGGAAGCGGUGGUGGAAUUGGAUUUGGAUCCCUCCGAGUCCCAUCCAACCACCGUAUGCAUUGCCUUCAUCUUCACUGAAGCAUAUGGUACCUUUGCUGUUUGUCCUCCCUGCGGUGGGAGUAAAACUUUCCCCAAGUCUUCUCCUUGAAUUAUCAGAUAUAAAGAGUCGACAGCGACCACAUCCUCCUCCUUUAAGCUCAGCACCGAGCCGGCUCUGUGCAUUCCCCCCUUGCCCUACCAAAUUUCGUUUGCUCUGCCUCCCCCCUGUAUCUUCUCCGGCUCCGUGACUCGGCGGCAUUGCACCGGGGCUUCACUCUGGAUGGGGAGGCACGCUUGCUGCUACAAGCAGAAGCUGAGGAAAGGCUUGUGGUCUCCGGAGGAGGACGAGAAACUCGUGAGGCACAUCACCAAGUACGGCCAUGGGUGCUGGAGCUCUGUCCCCAAGCUAGCAGGCCUUCAGAGGUGCGGGAAGAGCUGCAGAUUGAGGUGGAUAAAUUAUCUGAGGCCUGAUCUGAAGAGGGGCACGUUUUCGCAGCAGGAGGAGGACCUCAUCGUCGACCUCCACGCAGCCUUGGGCAACAGAUGGUCUCAGAUCGCGGCCCAGUUGCCGGGAAGAACAGACAACGAGAUCAAGAACUACUGGAACUCCUGCAUCAAGAAGAAGCUGAGGCAGAGAGGCAUCGACCCGAGCACCCACAAGCCACUCGGCGAGACCGACGGAAGGGAAGACCGAGAAACCACGAACAGCGAGAAGACCUCCGGAUCCAGAAACCCGCAGCUCCUGCCCCCCGCCUCGGUGGAGGCUGAGCCAACUCCGUCAUUGAUGGGGACGGGAGUGUCCGAAGAUCCAGCGAUACCCACCAAAGAGUUCUUCGUGGAUCAGCUCGUCGUCAGCAGCAGGCACGAGAGCCCCAAUUCAACCCGAUACGCUCCUCUUCAGCAAUCCAAUUACGUCGCCUGCUGUGAUGCCAAUGGCACGAGACCAAUCGGGCCACCGAUUCAGCCGACUCCGCCGCUCUGGUUCACCCACGACACCAGGCUGCUCAACGCCGACGCUGAAUUGUGUCACGACAUGCUCCCAUCAGUCGUCCCAUCGAUCUCAACAUCGAUGCUCUCGUCGUCAGCGGAGCUGAAGCCCAUGAUGAGUCUCCCGCCAGACAGCAACAACAGCGCCAACAGCACCGACAGCAGCAACGAGCUGGAGCUCCAAAGCAGCGGCACCCUUUUCGACAGCGGCAUCUUCCAGUGGCUGGAACUGCUGCCGAACAAGGGUCAGAUCCAAUUCGAUACCGAGCCGGAGGACCUCAAAUGGUCGGAGUACCUUAACGGCACCAUCGCAUCGACGACAACCAAUCAAAGCCAAGGCCAGAGCUUGUUCGGUGUCACCAAAGAAGAGAGCCAAGUCUCAGUCAAUGGCUUGAAUUCUUGGUACGAGGAACAGCAGCUUCAUCCUCCUGAUCUUUACGGUAAGGAUCUCCACCAGAGACUUCCUGCACAGCCUGAACGCAUCUAACUUUGGCCACCGGCAACAAGAAUCUUUGGUGGGGAGCUUCUGAUUCAGAGAAGGGAGGCAAUUCUUUUGACAUGGAACAAGGAAGACUUCUGAUAGAUCACAGUUGUGUGAUUCACAGAUUUUUACGUGUAAAUAGAUGUUUAUGAUACAAAACUUGUUGGCUCUGUUUGAUUAUUGCGUGUGUUGCACUUUGUAUCACCCAAACAAUCAAGUCUUUUGUUUCAAGUUUGAUGUCCUUUCAGAUUUCCCUUUG